CUCCGCCGCUAAAACCUAGUAGAAGAGGAAGAAGAAGCUUCACAGGCAUUUCAACGAACAUCUCAUGGGCACUCUGGUUUCUCUGGGCUCAUUCUGCCUUGUACGGUUCGCCGUUCGCCUGCUGCUGUUGAUGUUCCGAGGAGCGGAGGCGAGCACAUUCACGUUUGUGAACAAGUGCGGGCAAACUGUUUGGCCCGGGAUCUUGUCCAACGCCGGCAGCCCGGCGCUGGAGUCCACCGGUUUCGAGCUCCCGGCGGCAUCUUCCCGCGCCUUUCAGCCGCCCACGGGGUGGUCUGGGCGGUUCUGGGCGCGGACCGGCUGCUCCGCUGCCGCCUCCGGCGGCGCCUGGUCCUGCGCCACCGGCGACUGCGGGUCCGGCCAGGUGGAGUGCAACGGUGCCGGCGCGGCCCCUCCUGCGACGCUCGCCGAGUUCACCCUCGCGCCCUCUUCCGCCGGGCAGGACUUUUACGACGUCAGCCUCGUGGACGGUUACAACCUCCCGAUGGUGGUGGAAGCCAGCGGCACCCCCGGCGCCGGGGGGUCCUGCGCCGCCACCGGUUGCGUGGUGGACCUCAAUCGAAUGUGCCCGGCCGAGCUACGAGUCGCCGAGGGCGGAGCGUGCCGGAGCGCAUGCGAGGCCUUCGGGACGCCGGAGUUCUGCUGCAGCGGCGCUUACGCCAGCCCUGCCACCUGUCGCCCGUCGACCUACUCCCAGAUGUUCAAAUCGGCGUGCCCUAAAUCCUACAGCUACGCCUUCGACGAUCCCACUUCCACCUUCACCUGCGCCGGCGGCGCCGACUAUACCAUCACCUUCUGCCCAGGAUCCGCCCCUAGCCAGAAAUCAUCGAGAGAUUCCUCGACAAGCUCGACAACGACGGCGUCUUCAACAUACUCAGGGACCGGUGGUGGGCUGACGCUUGAAGACGACUCUUGGCUUGCAAGCUUGGCCACGGGCGACGCAAGUCACGCAACCACCGCAAGAGGACCCGUCCCUUUCUUGUACUCAUUCAUUGCUGCCAUGGCAUUGGCUUAUACACUACUGCAAUAGCAUAAUUAUUCAGUUGCUCCUCUCUGUCAAAGUUUGUCCUAAAACAUAGCCGGUGAUGGUGGACUGGUGGUGAAUGGUGAUGUUUCCAAAAUGGAAUUUUGUAAAAAAAAACUAGAAGAAGGGAAGAAAAGAUAAAAAAAAGUGGAGAUGAGAAAGAUUCGCAUUGGAUUCCUGUGUUUUUAAAGCUGUAGCCACGGUUCUCGAGGAGAUGAGAUUGACCACAUGCAGGGAAUGCGCUGCAAAUAA